AUGACAGAGGGGGAGAAGAUGGUCACUGCAACACCAGCAGCAGCAGCAGCAGCUGCUGCUGCUGCUGGUUCCCCUGCAGAACACACUGCAGCAAGCACUGCUGCGAACACUGCAGCAAACAUUGCAACAAACACUGCAGCAAACACUGCAACAAACACUGCAGUAAACACUGCAGCGGCAGCAGCUGCUGCUGCUGACCGCUUAGACCCAUUUCUUCAAAGAGCUGGCUCACAGGAGAGCGUAGCGGCAGCAACAGCAGCAUCAGCAUCAUCAGCAGCAACAGCAGCAACAGCAGCAGGAAAUAGUACACCAACAUCUACGCCCGUGGGUCUAUCUAGGAGACAGCGACACUAUUACAGGCAGCAACAACGCCUGCAGCAGCAGCAACAACAACAGCAACGUCAGCAGCAGCAGCAACAACAAAAACAACAACAACAGCAACAGCAGCAGCAACAACAGCAGCAGCAGCAGCAAGUAAUGGGUCUAGGCUCCUUACGAGGAAGCCGGUUCAGCAGCAACAUUGGCAGCAAACGCAACUGCAGCAACUGCAGCAACAGCACCACCAGCAGCUUACAGUCUGCUGAACUGGAAGUCCAUGGUGUUGAUGUUGCUGCUGUUGCUGGCAGUAUUGUUAAUCGGCUUGCCCUUACACUGCAGCAGGCCCCACGUACACUGGAUGCAGCAACAGCAGCAGCAGCAGCAGCAGCAGCAGCAUCAGAUGUAUCCCUCAGCUCCGCUCCAGCAGCCGCUGUACCAGAAACGGGAACAGCAACGGGAGCAGCAGCAGCAGAUGCCGUUGCUGCUGCUGCUGCUGCUGAUGGGCGCACUGCGCAUGAACCCCACAUUGUAGCAAGAAACAUCGGAAGGCAGGAGCAGCAACUGGAUUUUCUGCAGCAGCAGCAGGAGCAGCAGCAGCGGCAGCUCUUACUACUGCAGCAGCAACAACAGCAGCUCUCAGUAUGGCAGCAGCAGCAAGAGCAACUGUCACUAUUACAGAAGCAGCAACAGCAGCAGCUCAUACUCUUGCAGAGGCAGCAACAACAGCAACAGCAGGGGGAGCUGCAGCAGCAGCAACAGCAGCGACAGCACCACAGCAGAGCAAAGAUUGGCAAGGGUGGAUCAACCCUCCCGUCUAUUGGCCACCGUCUGAGCAGCAGCAGCAACAGCAGCAGCAGCAGCAACAGCAGCUGCAGCAGCACAUUCAGCUGCGCAAGAGAAGCAGCAGCAGCAUCUGUUCCUGUUUAUCCAUCAGCAGCACUUCGUAGCCGCCGCUGCGUCCUCAUCCCUCCUACACCUCCUCCUCGCCGUCCUGCUGCUGCUGCUGCACCUGGUUUCUAUAAGCAGCAGCACGAGAAGCAGCACCUGCUGCAGCAAAGAGCACAGCAGCUGCUACUGCAGCAGCAGCAACAAAUCAAGCAGCAGCGUGCUAACCUACAGAGACAGCAAGAACACCUAAAGCAACUACUGACACAGCAGCAGCAGCUGUUGCUGCAGUCGCAACAGGAAAACGGGCCGCAGCAGCAGCAACAGCAGCACCAGCACCAGCAACAGCAACAGCAACAGCAACAGCAACAGCAGCAACAGCAACAGCAGGAACAGCAGUAUGACCCGAAACAACUACUGCUACAGCAACUUAAGCAGAAAGGCCUCACGGACGAGCUUGACCAACAGCAGCAACAGCAGCAGCAACAGCAGCAGCAGCAGAAAGGGGCUUUUGGGGGGGUCCAUGGGUAUCUACCAGGCAAGUCGAUGCAGCCUCAGCAGCAGCAGCAGCAGCAGCAGCAAUUCCUGCUGCUGCAGCAUCAGUUGACAGGCGCAGAGUCUCCCAGCAAUAUUCAAGGAGGCGUGCAGCAAGAGCAGCAGCAGGAUACAGCAAAGGUGGGGAAGGAGCAGCAGCAGCAGCAGCAGCAGGAACUGAGAAGAAGCGGCAGCAGCACUGUCUCUACAUCAACAAGUACAGUAUGCGGAGACCCUUUGCUGCGGCGUCUCUCCUCCUUACAGGGGUCUAAGCUUGAUGCUGCUCUGAAGCAGCAGCAGCAGCAGCAGCAGCAGCAGCAGCAGCAGCACAAGCUGAUUGAACAGCAGCACGUGCAGCAGCAAACGCAAGGCGUAAAAGAACAGCAGCAGCAACAGCAACCGAGUGGGAAGCUACAGCAAGGGAGGAAGCUAUUGGAGAAGCAACAACUGCAGCAGAAGCAGCAACUGCAGCAGCCACAACAAAAACAGCAGCAGCAGCAACCCCUGUACAUGCAACACCGAAUGCUGCACGAGCUGCAGGUCCGCAUGCAGCAGAACGCGGGAGACCAGAUGCACCAGCACCUGCAGCAGCAUCAGCAGCAGCAACAGCAGCAACAGCAGCAACAGCAGCAACAGCAGCAACAGCAACAGCAGCAGGAGCAUGCAACUGCCCGUAUCCGGAGCCAAACACCAAGUCCCAGCAGCAGCAGCAGCAACAGCAGCAUGGGGCAGCAAGCCUUUGUGUAUGGAGCUGCAAGGAGAAGAUCUGCAACACCUGGCCUUUUCUCUCCUAGUUCCCCAUCUGCUGCUGCAGCAACGCAGCAGCAGCAGCACCUGUUGCUGCAGCAGGACGCUGUCCUUAUUCAACAUGCAUCUGUUGCUGAUGUUGCUGCUGCUGCAGCAGCAGCAGCAGCAGCAAAAGAAAGCAGCAGUCGUCUCCAAUCACAUGAAGAACACACAGUGCUGCAGGAGGAGGUGCAGGCGCAGGUUAUAGAUAUGGCUGCUGCUGCUGCAGUAGCAAGAAGCACAGGCAGCGCAGUAGCAGCAGCAGCAGCAGCAGCAGCAGCAAAACCCUUACCAGUACAACUUACUAGACUAAGACCUUAUCUAGUCCCUGUAGAUAUUUAUAUACCUAAGUUAGUUCAUGUCCCUCUGCAUGUAGUGCAGCAGCACGUAAAGUACGAAGCUGCUGCUGCUGCUGCUGCAGCAGCAGAUGCAGCAGCAGACGCAGCAGCAACCCCCGGUGCCACACCUCCUCACAAACAACCCCAGACAGCACAGCAGCAACACCAGCAACAACAGCAACAACAACAGCAACAACAGCAGCAGCGGCAGCAGCAGCGGCAGCUGGAGGCCUUCAACAAGCAGCAGCACCAACACUUUGCAGCAAUGAUGCAGAGGGCGAGGCAGCAAGCAGCAAUGUGUGGGGCCCAAACCCUUCCCCUUGAGCAUCUGCUGCAGCAGCAGCAACAGCUGCUGCAGCAGCAACUAGUGCAGCAACAACUGCUAGAGCAACAGCUGAUCAUGCAACAGCAACCGCAGCAGCAAGCUGUUUCCCGCUAG